AUGCCCGCGCUGUGCGGCUUGCCUCUUCCUGGCUCAUCAGGCGCACACGACCACGCAGGGAACGGGUACGGGUUGAGCGGGACGAGCACGAAGGAUGGAAGGCCGCUGAGUCGAAAGGUUGUCGUCGUCGGAGACGGAGCGUGCGGCAAGACGAGCCUCCUGAAUGUCUAUGUCAAGGGCGAGUUUCCAGAGCUGUACGAGCCGACAGUGUUCGAGAACCACUGCGUCGACAUCGUCGUCGACGGCACCCCCAUCGAACUCGCUCUCUGGGACACCGCCGGUCAAGAAGACUUUGACCGCCUCCGCUCGCUCAGCUACGCCGACUCGAACGUUGUCUUGCUGUGCUUCUCGGUGGACCAGCCGACGUCCCUCGAGAACAUCGAGAGCAAGUGGGUCGACGAAAUUCGCCACUACUGUCCAGGCGUCAAGCUCGCCCUCGUCGCGCUCAAGUGCGACCUGAGGUCCGAUCCGGUCGUGCGGGACAAGCUGGCGAGCGCGGGACUGCAGCCGGUCGAGUACGAGGAGGGUCUUGCGGUCGCGAAGCGGAUACGAGCGUCUCGGUAUCUUGAAUGCUCCGCCAAGCACAACCGAGGUGUACAGGAGACGUUUGAGGAGGCCGCCCGCGUCUCUAUCACUGCACGACGAGCCGGGGAGACUCGAGGAAGCCAGGCUCGACAUGCGGGAGGCGGCGGCGGCGGCGGCGACAAGUGCGCGGUGAUGUAG